AUGAGUCCUUCCAUAACUUCUCUGUCAGAGUCAACAUCCUCUGACUCUGAUUCAUCAAAGAGCUCGCCGACAAGCGAGAGCUCUCCCAAGAAAAAGAAGCUGGGCGAGACAGGCUCUUCGACUGCUACGGGCGAGGGAUCCAUCACGUCCGCCCCGGCUGCCCCGGAAAGCGCACGUGACUCCUUGGUGCCCGAUCAUCAUGGUGAGGCGGACACUUCCCCUGCUGUGGAUAUUUCCCGCCCCUUGGACUCAACGGCGGGUCAGCAGCCUCCGCCUACUGGCCGCCCGCUGUCUCCUCCGCCCGUCCAGACUGCUCACGAUUCACCUCCCCCUAACUCUCCUAGGGUUGGCGGCGAGGAAGAGAGGCUUUCCUUAGACCACCCAAAGGACCCCUCUAGCAGCUCUUCCGUCAAUCCCUUCUCCUUCUUACUCUCUCAUCCCUACCUCGAGAAAUUGAGGGAAGUCCCCAGCCAAAACCCGCUUGCUCAAGAAGUUUUGUCAAGUCUUCUUCGUGCCGGUUGCCUGUUCGCUCAGGUGGCUUGGCAGGCUCGGCCCCUUACUGGAAUUGCGGGGCUCCGUCAAGAGGUGGAAAAGUUGCAUUCCAUCAACCUUCAAGCCAACGAGACCUGCUCCAAGUUGUCAGCCCAGCUAGCCACUGAGGUAGACAGGACAAAGAAGAUGCAGAAAAAGCUGGCGGAAGCAACGAUUGCAAAGGCUACGGCGGCCGAGAAAGAGAGGCGGCUUGAGAACCAAGUCGAGGGACUCCGCAAGGACCUUAGUGCCAAGGAGACCGCUAUUGCUUCCCAGGAAGAAAACCUUGCUGCCAAAGAUAAGGAGAUCGCCGAUCUGCGUGAGAGGCUGGCGGCCAAAGGUGAGUUACUUGCUGAGGCCCGGUCAGAUUUGGAAUCGAAAUGCAAACUUUUGGCCGAGAAGGAUGCCCAGGCCAUCGCCUUGGAAGAGCAGAUAAGGAGAGAAGCUGCUUUCGCGACAACCAACAAACGUAUCCGCGGCUUCCUAAUUUGCAAAGCUCAGGUCAAGCACCUCCAUCCGAAUGUCGACCUUGAACCCCUGUGA